ACAGUGGGCAGGUGUCAGGGCCUCCAAUCCCAGUCAGGGCCCGCUCGGGGACUCAAACCACCGCCCCUUCGGCCUCGCCAGAGGCUGAGCCCCAGCAUGGCCCACGAAGGCUGACGAAUGUGGUUACCGGGCCCCAGGCUGGCAGAAGCCGGCCGACGGCAGUGACGAUCACAAUGUUUCGCGACUGUUUCUGUUUCAGAAUCUGCCGGCGCAAACACAGGGAACGCAGGGAACGCAGGGAACGCAGGGACCAGCUCAAAAAGAAGCCUUCCCAGAAGAGAAGGCGCUGUAAGUGUAAGUGUAGGUGCGGCGCUCGGCAGAACAGCAAGCAGCAGCGUGGACGGAGAAGAGCCCGACGGGGGAGAUCCCAGUACAGAAGACGCAGGAAAAGUCGGAGGAAGCCCAAGAAAAGUCGGAGGAAGCCCAAAAACAGUCGGAGGAAGCCCAAGAAAAGGAGUCAGUCACGUUCCAGGAGGAGGCAGCCGAGGAGAACGGAGGGUAAAAAGGGAGGCUUAAAUGAAGUCAGCACAGCAGCACAGAGGGAGAGGUGCUAAGGAGGAAACGGAAUCUAUGGGGUGAAAUACUUUUUCAAGAAGAGUGUGGUUGAGCCCAAGAAGUGAUCCAGGUGAUCGUGGCAGACCUCCAAGCCCCAAAGUAGACGCCACCUGUCAGUAAACUUCAGU